AUGACCUCCAAAGACUGUGGCUCCCACGGCCACUCUCGCCGGAACCUAAUCCGCCGAAUAAUAUGGUCAAUAAUCUUCAUCAUCUUCAUAAUCUUCCUCACAAUUCUCCUCGUUUGGGCCAUUCUUCAACCUUCAAAACCACGUUUCCUUCUCCAAGACGCCACCGUCUACGCCUUCAACGUCUCCGGCAAUCCACCGAACCUCCUCACUUCAAAUUUCCAAAUCACUCUCUCUUCCCGGAACCCUAACGACAAGAUCGGCAUCUACUACGACCGUCUCGACCUCUACGCUACUUACCGGAGCCAACAGAUCACUUUCCGAACAUCGAUCCCUCCGACUUAUCAGGGACAUAAAGAAGUCAACAUAUGGUCGCCGUUUGUCUACGGAACCUCCGUUCCCGUCGCUCCUUUCAACGCCAUGAGUCUUCAAAGCGAUCGAGAUAACGGCGUCGUCACGCUGAUCAUCCGUGCUGACGGCAGAGUGAGGUGGAAAGUUGGCACUUUUAUCACCGGCAAGUAUCAUCUUUACGUCAAGUGUCAGGCGUUUAUUAACUUCGGUAACAGAGCUGCCGGAGUCAUCGUCGGGGAUAACGCCGUUAAGUAUACGUUUUCCGAUAAUAGUUGUAGUGUCAAUGUCUGA